AUGGACGUAGGCAAUGUUGUCCGUCUGUUUAGCCGCCAACAAGGCGGAGGAAAGGAUGCCGGCCAAGAGCUGCUCGAUCUGCUCAAGAACCCAUACAACGAUCAGCUUCAAGCAGCCUCGAUGUACUCAGCGCUGGCGAUUUCGCUCCCCGUAACAAUCUUUAUCGCCUUCUGCUUCUCCCUACUCCGACCAUAUCACCAGGCCAUCUACGCCCCCAAGAUGAAGCACGCCGACGAGAAGCACGCACCGCCGCCUAUAGGAAAGGCCCCGUGGUCGUGGAUCACAACGCUGUGGAAGACCAAGGAGGAGCAGCUUGUGUACUUGAUCGGCAUGGACGCCACCAUCUUCCUGCGCUUCGUCCGCAUGUGCCGCAACAUGUUUCUCACCCUGUGCGUCACCGGCGUCGGAAUUCUGCUUCCUGUCCAUGUGUCGCAUUGGAAGACUAUUGGUGAUGACAGCGGCAACACCUGGGUCUCCAAGAUCACCCCCCUCCACGUCUGGGGCCAGGCCAUCUGGGCGCAGGUUGUCAUCGCCUGGGCAUUCAACAUCAUCAUCGCCAUCUACCUAUGGUUCAACUAUAGAAAGGUGCUCCAGCUUAGGAGAAAGUACUUUGAGAGCGAGGAGUAUCAGAAGAGUCUCCACUCCCGUACCCUGAUGGUUUACGAUAUCCCCAAAAAGGGCUGCUCUGACGAAGGUAUCGCGAGAAUCAUUGACACAGUUGCGCCCAAUUCGUCCUUUGCCCGAACAGCUGUUGCUCGAAACGUCAAGGAACUUCCCUCCCUCAUCUCCCAGCACGACCACGCUGUUCGCAAGCUCGAGAGUAUCCUGGCCAAAUAUCUGAAGGAUCCCAACAACGUUCCCGUCGCUCGCCCCAUGUGCCGACCAUCCAAGAAGGAUCGAUCGUACGGAACGUACCCCAAGGGCCAGAAGGUUGAUGCCAUUGAGUACUACACCCAGCGUAUUCGAGACCUCGAGGUCCAGAUCAAGGAGGUCCGCGCCAGUGUGGACAAGCGAGGCUCGAUGCCCUACGGUUUUGCCAGUUACUCGGAUAUUGCAGAGGCCCAUAGCAUUGCCUAUUCUUGCCGCAAGAAGAAGCCCGUUGGCGCCACUGUCAGACUUGCGCCCCGACCUAACGACAUCAUCUGGGAAAAUAUGCCGCUGUAUAGUGCUACACGAAGUCGAAGACGCUGGAUCAACAACUUCUGGAUUACUCUUCUGACCUUCUUCUGGGUCAUUCCUAACCUUGGCAUUGCCAUCUUCCUGGUCAACCUGCAAAACCUGGGAUCUGUCUGGCCAGCCUUCAACCGAACACUGACCGCGAACCCCAAGAGCUGGGGUAUUGUGCAGGGUAUUGCUUCGCCGGCUCUCAUGUCCCUCACCUACCUGGUUCUCCCCAUCAUCUUCCGUCGACUCUCCAUCAAGGCCGGUGACCAGACCAAGACGGGCCGAGAGAGACACGUCCUUGCCAAGCUCUACUUCUUCUUUGUCUUCAACAACCUCAUCAUCUUCUCCGUCUUCAGCGUCAUCUGGACUUUUGUGUCUGGCGUCGUCCGAGACACGUCAAGCCCGGGGGCGACCGACAUUUGGAAGAUCAUUGUCAAGAACGAUAUUGCCAAUUUGCUCUUCGGUGCGCUGUGCACCAACAGCCCCUUUUGGGUGACUUACUUGCUUCAGCGUCAGCUCGGUGCAGCCAUCGAUCUUGCUCAGCUUUGGCCUUUGGUUCAGGCCUUUUUCCUCAAGAAGUUGGGCAGCCCGACUCCGAGAGAGCUGAUCGACCUCACGGCCCCUCCUCCUUUCGAGUACGCCAGUUACUACAACUACUUCCUCUUCUACGCCACUGUCACCAUGUGCUUUGCCGGUAUUCAGCCUCUGGUGCUCCCGGCUACCGCCAUGUACUUUGUGAUUGAUUCCUGGCUGAAGAAGUACCUGCUUCUGUACCGCUUCGUUACGAAGACCGAGUCUGGCGGUAUGUUCUGGCGUGUCAUUUUCAACCGCUUCAUCUUCGCGACGAUGCUCUCGAACCUGGUUGUCAUGCUUACUUGCUGGGUCCGUGGUGAUGGAAAUCACCUCCAUUUCUACUGCAUCGUACCGCUGCCGUUCCUCAUGCUCUUUUUCAAGAUCUACUGCAACCGGGCCUUUGACAACAAGAUUCGAUACUACACCACUCAAGAUGUGACCAAGAAUACCGAGAACGGAAUGAACCCCAAGGAGUCCCGCGUACGCAGCGAGCGAUUGGCAAACCGAUUCGGCCACCCUGCGUUGUACAAGCCCCUCAUCACCCCCAUGGUGCACGCCAAAGCGCAGAACCUCCUGCCUGGAAUCUACAAGGGACGACUGACGGACGGCCGAGAGGUGAACCAAGGCGACAUGAUGAGUGUCAGUGGCUACUCGGACAUGUACGCCCUCGACCCUAUGCAAGGUGGAAAGCCAGGCAAGACCGCCAACAGCAUCCCUGGCUUCGAGUACGUGUCGGAUACUCAGAUGGACUUUGAAUUCUACAAGAACCGAGCCGAGUUUGCAGAGGACCACGGUGGCGGCGAGAUCUACGGCCGCCCUGGAGAAAUUAUGCGUCCUGAUACUCCUGGAUCCUGGGAUGGAAGCGACACGGCGUCCCGACCUGGCACGCCCGUUGGCCGCUCCGCUUCUCCCUUUAACCCUGGACAGCAGCGUUUGAUGUCCAUGUCCAGCACCAGCGAUACAAGUUACUCGGCAUACCGACCAGCUGCCCCGGCGUAUGGUGGAUUCACCCAGCAAGCAACUAUGGGCUCAGAGGUACCCAGCCGUGGCCGCAGCCCCUUGUAUUCGCAGAACAACGGCAGCUCCUCUGGGCUUGGACUAAUCCAAAAUGCCCAGGCCCCUCCUGUGAGCAACCUCACACCAGGAGGUCGUAUGACGCCUUCAGUCUCUCCUGGCCCUUCAGUAGGCGCCAUGGGCGGCGGACCCCGUGGCUACAGCGGCCUCGCACAGAACGAGGAGAUGGAUGCGGGCGAUCCUUCACAGUACGACUACUUCCGUGGCGGUAGCCGGACAAGACGGACCCCCGGAGAAGGCUGGUAG